UGGCAGCUCUGACAAGUAAAAUCAGCUGUUCCGCUAAAAGAAUUCACUCAAAUUAGAAUUGUUUUUUAUUCCAUUUUGUGCGCUCGAAGGCAGGGCAAUGCUUGUGUUCUUGAUCAAUGCACUUCACAGAUCUGACCAAUUUCAUGGAAUACAUGCAGAAUGUAGAACCGACGCGUGCCGAAAUUUUGGAGCAACUCAGAAAGCGCGAAUUGUACGUGCCGAAUGCCGAGUGUUUGCCAAUGGAACAACUGUUACACAUGUACAACUGUUUUAUUGUGCCUCAUCCGCGUCGGGAGCGGCGGGAGCGACGGCGGACGCUUACUGAGACGCUGCCAAAGCGCGCCACUGAAAGUGCGCCUGUAGAACUUGAACAGCUGACGAAGCGCGCCAAGAUGGUCUGCGUGACCAGUGAAAAGCGUCCCAGCGAACUAUCAACAGAAUCUCUAGGGCAUCUGCUCAACAGCUCACGAAAACGCAUCAAAGUUGAGCUCCAGCAAUGACCUCUCUCGCCAAUGAAUCAGCUAUCAGUUGUGCUGAUAAGAGUAUUGAUAAAUUAGCCAUGACCGUGAUGCAAAUAGAAGACAGGAAACAAAGUUGUGCCUUAGAGCUGUAGUUUCGAAGCUUAUUGGCUUGCUGAUUGCAGGUUUGCUUAGGACCAUUAUAUAUAUUUAUAUAUAUAUGAAUUUAUAUAUUGAUGAAAGAAAUAAUAUCAACAUUAGCCAUUUUUUCGUAGUUUUAAAGAAGUGAAUUUCUUUUGGUUUUUUUUUUCACAUAUACCUCAGUACAAAGAAAACUCCAA